AUCGGAUUUCAGCAACCUAAUCCUCUUGUCUGUACAAGGGUCUAGCAGAGUCCUAGCAGAGAAGACUUCCAUUGAGUGAGAGCACUCUUCCGAUUAAUAUGGAGCCCUUGCCUGCAGGCUGUUGGUAGGAUGAGGGGUGCUGAUGCUGAGCUUGGGAUACUAGCAGCCUGGUGCUUGGAAGGAGUGGACACCAACAACCUUUGGAUACAUUUUGGAACCCAGGACCAACACUGUCCCGUAUGCAGACAAUGGUACCCGCACUAAUGUAGUUAUGUGAUACAAAUGUAAGGAUAUCUCCUUCUAGAACAUAUUUCUCCUACAAAUCUGUCCCAAGUAAAGUUUGACAGAAAAUGUUACUGAGGUACAGGAAUUACAUAGUUUGUGUGAUCAUAUUCGGAACCUAUUUUGAAUCCAUUUUAACACAAAGUGAUGAUGAUUGUAAACUGGCAAGAACGGGUCCCCCGGCAACCAUAGUGGCAAUAGAUGAAGAAAGCAGAAAUGGCACUAUUAUUGUGGAUAAUAUGCAGAUCAAAGGAACGGCUGGAGGAUCUGAUCCUACUAUAGAAAUUUCCCUUAAGGAUAAUGUGGAUUACUGGGUGAUUUUGGAUCCAAUAACACAACGGUUGUAUCUGAAUAGUACAGGACGGGUUCUGGAUAGAGAUCCACCAGUGUCCAUCCAGUCUAUCGUUGUCCAAGUUCAGUGUAUCAAUAAGAAAGUUGGUAUAGUCAUUUUCCAUGAAGUGCGUAUAGUUGUGAGAGAUAGAAAUGACAAUUCACCCCGUUUUCAGCGAGAUAACUACUACACGGCUGUAAAUGAGAUGACACCAGUUGGAACUACGAUAUUUACUGGAUUCUCAGGAGAUAAUGGUGCUACAGACAUUGAUGUUGGACCAAACGCACAAAUAGAAUAUGUUAUACAGUACAAUCCAAAUGAUACUGCAUCAAGUGAGACUUUUGGCAUCCCCCUCACACUGUCGGGAGCGGUAGUCUUGCGUCGCAGGUUGAAUUAUGAAGACAAGACACGCUAUUAUGUCAUAGUCCAAGCAAACGAUCGUGCACCUAACCCUAAUGAACGAAGAACAAGCACAACCACGUUAACGGUUGACGUUCUUGAUGGAGACGAUCUUGGACCUGUGUUCCUUCCUUGCAACCUUGUGAACAACACCCGUGACUGUCGUCCUUUAACAUACCGAGCUAGUCUGCCAGAGCUGAGUGGUCCAGCAAGAGUAAAUCCAAUCAAUGUCACACCACCUAUUCAAGCUGUGGAUCAAGAUCGGGAUAUUCCUGUCUCUGAGCGACCUGGUAUCGUAUUUUCCAUCCUCAUUGGCACCCCUGAGGAUUAUGCUGAAUAUUUCUUUAUGAACAGCACUACAGCAGUACUUACUCUCCUCAAACCAAUUAGUAGAGAUCUACACCAGAAAUUUGAUUUGGUCAUUAAGGCAGAACAGGACAAUGGCCACCCGCUUCCAGCCUUUGCUAGCCUCCAUAUCGACAUUAUGGAUGAGAAUAACCAGGCCCCCUACUUUACUUAUUCUACAUAUCAAGGCUAUAUAAUCGAGUCAUCACCUGUGGGAACAACAAUCUCUGAAAAUCAAAAUUUGACUGCUCCCUUACAGUUCAUAGCCCUUGAUAAUGACGUGGAAGAGACAAAAGACCCUCAGCUUUUUUUGUACUUAGUGGGCUACACUUCAGUUUUCUCUGUGACCCAGUCUGGAAUAACGCGCUACCUCACAUUACUUCAGCCGGUUGAUCGAGAGCGACAGCAAAUUUAUAAGUUUUCAAUUAUUGCAUCAGAUGGUACCCAAGAAAGUGCUCCGGUCACAGUGAACAUACUGGUGAUUGAUGCAAACGACAACUCGCCUACAUUUUCCAGCCUCUCCUACAGUGUUAAGAUCUAUACGGACAUGACAUCCAUGGACAACAUAAUUAAACUUACAGCUGUGGAUGCAGAUGAAGGAAUUAAUGGUCUGGUCACAUAUGAGAUUUUAGCUGGAGCGCGAGGACAUUUCAUCAUAAAUAACAGGACUGGAGUCAUCACAAUCACUCCUGGAAUUACUCUGAUGGUUGGGGAUUCCUAUACAUUAACUGUGAAAGCGUCCGAUAAUGCACCACCAGCUCAGAGAAGAAGUUCUAUCACUACAGUUUACAUUGAAGUUCUUCCACCCAACAACCAGAGCCCUCCCCGGUUUGCCCAAUUGAUGUAUAGCCUUGAAAUCAGUGAAGCUACGAGGAUUGGAGCAGUCCUACUAAAUAUACAGGCCACAGAUCGAGAAGGUGAUCCAAUCACAUAUUUCAUUCAAAAUGGAGAUCCCCAGAGGGUAUUUAACCUUUCCAUAAGUUCUGGACAUUUAGUCUUAGCCAAGUCUUUGGACAGAGAAAGUACAGAUCGUUAUAUUUUGAUAGUGACGGCAUCAGAUGGUAGACCAGAUGGGACCUCCACUGCCACUGUUAAUGUGCUGGUGACAGAUGUGAAUGACAAUAACCCCGUAUUUGAUCUUUACCUGCCUAGAAAUCUUUCUGUCCAAGAGGAAGAAGUGAAUGCUUUUGUGGGUCAAGUCAGGGCAACAGAUCCAGAUGCUGGAAUCAAUGGUGAGGUCCAUUACAGCUUGGCAAACUUGAACAAUAUUUUCCGUAUCACACCCAAUGGCAGUAUAUAUACAUCUGUAAAACUGGACAGAGAAACAAGGGAUAGUUAUGAACUUGUGGUUGUGGCAACAGAUGGAGCGAUGGAUCCUCGACAUUCUUCUCUUACACUGUUUAUCAGGGUUAUAGACAUUGAUGACAAUAGCCCUGUGUUUACAAAUGCUUCAUACUCUGUAACUAUUCCAGAAAACAUGCUGCCUGGUACAAUUUUUUUACAAGUACAGGCAAAGGAUGCUGAUCUUAGUGCUAACAUUACUUAUCGGAUAAGAUCCCAGGAAGUUCGGCAUCUCUUUGCAAUGAACCCUUCAACAGGAGAAUUAUCCCUUCUUAAAGCCCUCGAUUAUGAGUCAUUUACUGGUGUGGAGGCAGCAUACACAUUUCUUAUUGAGGCUUUGGAUGUCGGAGGAACCAUGCCCCCUGGGCUUGCCACUGUUACAGUAAGCGUUAAGGAUAUGAAUGAUUACUCGCCAGUCUUUAGCAAAGCUAUCUACUGGGGAAUGGUGGCUCCAGAUGCUGUUAAGGGCACAGUUAUUGCUACAGUUUCAGCUGAAGAUCAUGAUCCACCGGUAAGUCAACUGCUUCUAUUAAUAUACUUAUACCCAAGUGAGAAACUUAUUUAACCCCCAUAAGUGACCCAGCCCUUUGAGCAUCAAAGUUGAUUAUCAAGAGCUCCUCUCAGCAGUAGCUCUCAUACAUUUUUUAUACUUGCUUGUUCAUUGUCAUUAUAGGCUCAGAGGCUGCAAUUGCAAUGAUUUGUCCAAACUGAAAUAUG